UGUGGAUGACGUGACUUUUUGUGAAAAUAACCGAUUUUCAAGAACAAGUUUGCUGUGGAUUGUCAGCUUUCUACUAGUCUAUACUACUAGUUCACGAUGGGAAAGGAUAGCCCAACUAUGGGAGACCCUGAUAAGGGGGCUAAAAUCUUCAAGACCAAAUGCCUUCAGUGCCAUGUGAUUGACAACAGUGGCAAGCACAAACAAGGACCCAACCUGAUGGGAUUGUGGGGCAGGAAAACUGGGCAGGGUGCAGGCUUCAAGUACACUGAUGCAAAUGUAAACAAAGGUAUCACAUGGAGUAUGGACACAUUAUGGGUCUACCUGGAGAAUCCAAAGAAGUACAUCCCUGGCACCAAGAUGGUUUUUGCUGGCCUCAAGAAGACCAAGGAACGAGCCGACCUCAUUGCUUACUUAAAGGAGAAAACAACAGGAAACUACCACAAAGAUGACUAGAUCUAAUAUUAAAACACUCAGUAAAUUUAGUUAUUUAUGUAUUAAAGGUUAUUUAUGAUCAUCCUUUCAUUUCAAUGUACAUAAUAAAUUUAUAAUAAUCAAUUGAAAUAUUAUUCACAAUUUUCCAGUGUACAAUUCUUAAUCAUUACAGAAACUGGAGAUAACGGACAUUAACCUUUUUUUCCUGGAUAAAGUUUUACAUGGAUAUAAAUAAUGAACCCUCCAAGCAUGUUCUCCUGUUUUCAUAGAAUAUUCUUAUGUUUUUAGUCGCUUCAUUCACUAAAUAUGAAUUAUUUCUGUGCAAGAUAAGUUUUAUAGUUACUGCCAUCCAA